CUCACACAGAAUUAUAAUCACAAAAAAAAAAAACCGACAUUUUCUUAAAAAUUCCUAAAUGGAGAACAACAAUUGCGAGGGCGAGCAACCAUCGACAUCCGGUGCAUUCUGUAGGUGCUCCGAGUCUGGCAUUGGUAUAUCUGCCGUCCUGGAUCUCGCUCAGUCGGAGUACUCCCUGGACACCACGCCGGAAGCUGUGAUGGCGAGUGCAUGUCGUCUGGAGAACGAGAACGAUGGUAAUGAUACCGAUGAGGAGGUGGAGAUCUGCUUCACCAGCUUGAUGCCCGAUCACCGUAGGCGCUUGUAUAUGGACUGCAAGCUGUCUCUUCCGGCGGGCGGAAGAGUGCCCAUGCGCGGCGGCGCAGAAGCCAUUUCCGCUUCCCCACAUGGCAGAAUCAGUUCUCCGGAAAUUCGCUAUGAGCGGCUGAGAAAUACUGCAGUCGAGGUGCGCAAAUACUGGAGAUUGCAGAAGCUGGACAUGGCUUGUCCGCUGAGCAAUUGCGACUUGAUGUUCAAUCCUGAGCAGCUCCUAAGUCACUGCCUGAUGCACCACGAGCACAUUAUUACAAUGGAAAUGAAGCCCAAGGAGCCAAAGGUUCUGAAGCUGUGUGGAAAAUCCUUGCCCGAGGACAGGGGCAAAAGCAACUGUGUGGGUCUGAUGAUCUACGAGAGUGGCAACAACGCGACCAGGAACUUAAAUCUACCCAAUAUCUACAAGGACUGGGAGUGCCAAUUGCCCGUCCUGAUAAUGCUGUGGAAGACUUCCUGGGACUCGAUGCCCGUCGGACCGCGAGUGACCCAUAUCUAUAUUCUGUGGCUGUGCUGUCCCCAGGCCCAGACGCCUUUGUUGGUAUCCGUGAAUAUCGGAGAAAACACUCCGGGAGUGCCACGUCGGCAGAUGAUUCAGACCUGUCAAGGCUCGGAGACCCUGAAGAAUUGCGAUCUGCUUUCGGACAGUCCGCAUUUUAUGCGAUUCACACAUCGCGAAAUGAAGGAGCACACUGAAGACUACACGCUGGACGUCGACCUACAGUUCACCAUUCUAGAGGAUGAGGGUAGAGUGGGGCCCAUAUCGCCUAAUCCUAAUGAGGGCACCUUUCGCGAAGACGACAUCGAAAUAGAACUUGCGGAAAAGGAGAAUACCUCCAAGGAGGAGGUAUUUAUUGGGAACUCAGAAGGGCCUCAAGCGAACUAAACGCAGUCUAUCACAAUGAUUUUUGGAAUGAUUUUUCAAAAUUAUUUGCAUUACUUUGAUACUGUACCUAAAAAUUGUUUCAAGUUUUUUUAAAUUAUUUUGGAUCACUUUGUACUUGGACGAAAUACCAUAUCUCAUAAGCAAUUCAACAUAUGCAAUCUUGUAAAUUUUCAUCAAAAUUGUAUCAGUAAAGAUCAAAUUCCUUAUUAGAACU